ACCCCGGUAUCCGGUCCCGUGAGUUGUGACUAGUAGUGACGAGCUGUUUCUAGUGACCAAAAGACUGCUCCGGCUGUCCGCUCGCUCGUGUCUGACAUCUCGACCUGCGCGUGUGACGUGCACUCCUGCACACGAUAGACGUCUGCUCACACAAGUGCUGCCCUUGUGCCACUUUCUUCAUCCCCCAAGUUCCUCUGAGACCCGCGCUCGCUCCUUCCUUCCUUCCGUGACGUCGUCCGGCAUUUGUGUGCACUGUACCCGGGCUAAGGUCAGCCUGCACCCACCAUGAAAAGGAGUCUUAGUAUCAGUGAUUCCGAUGAUGGCUUCGACGAGAGACUCAAGUCUGGUUCACAGAUCAUCGAGAAGCGUAGGCGUGAUAGAAUCAACACAAGCCUCACAGAACUUCGCCGUCUGGUGCCUUCGGCGUUCGAAAAGCAGGGUUCUGCCAAACUCGAGAAAGCGGAAAUACUGCAGAUGACAGUAGACCAUCUCAAGAUACUCCACCAGAAAGGAAUCAACACCUACAACUUUGACCCUCACGCCGUUGCCGUUGACUACAGAAGCGUUGGCUUCCGGGAAUGCGCAGCGGAAGUUGCGCGCUACCUGGUGGCUGUGGAAGGCCUUGACCUCCAAGAUCCUCUCCGUCUCCGUCUGCUGGGUCACCUCCAGUGCUACUCGGCGCAGCGCGAGGCAGCGGCCAAAGCCUCGCUCCAGAACUCUACAUGGGGCGGUGUCGGCAGCAUGAGUGGCAUGAGCGGAGGCCACAGCAGCUUCACGCCCACCCAAUACGGCACUUCCUCCAUGACCACGCCCAUGAGCGGUGUCAUCCCGGGACAGCACACACACCUCAACCAAUCAGAACACGUGCCGUCCAUGUCUAGCGCCUCCCACCAGACGAGCAGCGUUCUCGGAGGCUCCACCCCGGGAAUCAUGUCGGCGGGCUCUUCCUUCAGCGAGCCCACACGUCACGCGCAGAACGACUCCCUCCUCUCGGGCUCCAUGAGACUGUCCAGCAGCUCCGCCACGGCCGCGACAGCGCCGGUCACUCCCAUGAACCACAACUCUGUGGGUCAGUCCCAGAUUUCCCCGCCGCUCUUCUCCACGCUGCCCAACCUGCACUCUCAGUUCCCCGUGUCCCUCAACAUGAACUCUGUGUCCUCCAUGAUGUCCUCCCAAAACUCCACCUCCGUCUACCAGAACCACGCGGCCAACCAGGCCAACAGCGCCGUCAAACCCUACAGGCCCUGGGGCGGGGAGCUGGCCUACUGACUAUCUGAUUUUUGAAUAGAACAUGACUGACCCACACAAGCAUUCACUCAUCAGACUGACCAUUAGAGCGGACAUGUCAAUCCUGUGAAAUUCAGUUCAUUCAGGCCACAAAUUAUGCCGGAGGAGAGUGAGAGGGAGAGCUUGCCCACAUUCUAAAAGGCUCCCGAAAAAAAGGCUUACACUACACUGUUUUGAUAAAUUCAAGUGUUGGGAAUCAUGCAGGAAGAAGGCGAGUACCCCCCCCCCCCCCCACUUUUUCCCUUUUGUUCUCCAAAUCAGCUUGCUCAUGCCUUAUACACAAUCUAUGAGCUGUCACAGGGUUGGCCUACAUGAGGAAUAGAGCGGCAAGAACUGUUCUACUACAAGACUUCUACCGUCUCUGUGAAGUGUUCAGGUGUUCUCAUGGAGUUGAAGCGUGCCUUUUCUUUGACUUCUGCAUCGAUAUCGUUACGGCCCAGGAAAAUAUACAGUCAUUGUUAUCAAUGUUGAACAACCUUACUUCCCACUUAUGAUUCAUAUCGUGCAAUAUCUUUCUCUCGUUAUUGUUUGUUGAGCAUUUUCAGCGAAUUUUGUACAGCAUUAAUUCUUUCUUGACACAUUCACAAAAGACCAGAGGUGGAAUCCGCCAUUUAUUGAAAUAAUUACUGGAAAAUCAUGCCCUGAAAGAGUUAAAUUUAGAACUCCCUUAAAGGCAUCAUACAGUUAAUAAGUUCACGCUAAAAAAUUAAUGUUAAACUUGAACAGUUAUAUGACAUCUACUCGAGUACUUAAAAACUUCAGGUAAUUUAUCACGGGAGAACUUAGAAGUCUUCUCAAUGCUGUUUCAACGGAGAUGCUUGGGAGAAACCGAACAUCCCAAUCCCCCAAAAAUAUCCCUGACAUUAAAAGAGUGUACAUUGUAGCCUACAUCAUGCCACUACUCCGAGCUCGCAGCUAAAAAUACUAAGUCAACUAAGAUGCCAUAUGAAUGAGAAGCCAAAGUCAGCACACAGUUGCACAGUACAUUGUGCUGUGGAUCAUGGAUACAUUUCUUCUCAGUCUGAAACUUAUAAGGCCCAACUGCUGACAUACGGAGAAGAAUGUUGCGUGCCCUGCUCUCAUUUUCUUAUAUAUAAUGUGUGUGUGUGCGUGUGUGUGUGUAUGUGUGUGUGUGUGUGUGUGUGCGUGUGUGUGUG